CUUGUAAGGUUCUGCCAUUUUUCCUCUCAUUCCUCCUUCGCUUCUGUUGGAUUUUUUUUCCUCCAGUUUUGUCAUUUUUUUUGGUCAAAUUGCUUCAGCGCCUGUAGCGGAGAGAAGAAGUCUGAUUUCUUUCUUUUUUGGAUUUUCCGAGCUCAAUAUGGUUGCAAUUUGUAAGCUUUCAGGGGAGAAAAGGAGAUUAUAUCGAGUUUCCAGCAUCUCUACCUAGUUGGCGUAUCUCUUUUGAUCUCAAAAGUCUUAGCUUUUCGUCAAUCUUUGGAUUUUUUUCCCGAGUUCUGUCCCCAGAGGCUUGUAAAGGUGGGAUUUUUGCUCGAUAUUUGGUUGAUUGGUGGUCUUCUUGAGCUGUGGUUAUAGCGGCAGCUAAGGUAGAGACCGUUCGAUGUGUUUCGGUGGUCGGUGAGGCUCCUGCGAUAGGAUGCAGCCAGGUCAGAGAAGAAAGGCAUCAGCAGAAGUAGGCUUCUUCACAGCAUAUGGUGAGGGUAGCAGGUACAAGAUAGAAGAAGUGAUAGGCAAAGGUAGCUACGGUGUUGUUUGCUCUGCGCUUGAUACUCAUACUGGGGAAAAAGUUGCUAUCAAGAAGAUCAAUGAUAUCUUUGAACAUGUCUCUGAUGCCACACGAAUACUUCGUGAGAUUAAGCUUCUUAGGCUCCUGCGUCAUCCGGACAUUGUGGAAAUCAAACACAUACUGUUACCUCCAUCGAGAAGGGAAUUCAAAGACAUCUAUGUUGUCUUUGAACUCAUGGAGUCUGAUUUACACCAGGUUAUUAAGGCCAAUGAUGAUUUGACUCCAGAACACUAUCAAUUUUUUCUUUAUCAGCUGCUUCGAGGUUUAAAGUACAUACAUACAGCAAAUGUUUUUCACAGGGAUCUUAAACCCAAAAAUAUUUUAGCAAAUUCUGACUGCAAACUCAAGAUAUGUGACUUUGGACUUGCAAGGGUGGCCUUCCAUGACACUCCCACUGCCAUAUUUUGGACGGAUUAUGUUGCAACAAGGUGGUAUAGGGCGCCUGAAUUGUGUGGAUCAUUUUUCUCAAAGUAUACACCAGCAAUAGAUAUCUGGAGUAUUGGCUGUAUUUUUGCUGAAUUGUUAACUGGAAAACCUCUUUUCCCUGGAAAGAAUGUGGUCCACCAAUUGGAUAUAAUGACAGAUCUGUUGGGAACACCUUCUCCAGAAGCCAUUGCCAGGGUGCGCAAUGAGAAAGCAAGACGGUAUUUAAGCAGCAUGCGCAGAAAAAAACCUGUACCUUUUUCUCGGAAGUUUCCAAAUGCUGACCCACUUGCUCUUCGUUUGUUAGAGAGGAUGCUAGCUUUUGAACCCAAGGAUCGCCCAACUGCUGAGGAGGCUUUGGCCGAUCCCUAUUUCAAGAAUAUAGCAAAGGUUGAGAGGGAGCCUUCUGCUCAGCCAGUCACAAAAAUGGAGUUUGACUUUGAGAGACGAAGGAUAACGAAGGAAGAUGUAAGGGAGCUCAUAUAUAAAGAAAUUCUUGAGUAUCAUCCGAAGCUGAAGAAAGAGUUCUUGGAAGGGACAGAGUCAACUGGCUUCAUGUAUCCAAGUGCUGUUGAUCACUUCAAGAAGCAGUUUGCUUACCUUGAAGAGAACUAUGAAAGUGGGGCAACUGUUGCCCCACCUGAGAGGCAACAUGCGUCAUUACCCAGGCCUUCUGUUUUUUAUUCAGAUAACAAGCUGCUGAACUCAAGGGACAUUACAGAAGAUUCUUCUAAAUGUUUAAUCAAGGAAUCUGAGAAGCCAAAACCAGAGAAUUGCAUGGUCCCUAUGACAAGGGUUCCACUUCAAGUUCCCCAAAGGGUCCAAGGUGCUGGAGCAAGGCCUGGCAAAGUUGUCGGAUCUUUGUUGCAUUACAACAACUGCAUAACCUCAGGUCCUGAGCUGUAUGAACAGCGAAGGGCUACCAGAAAUCCUGCCAUCCCCACACAAUAUGCAUCUUCAUAUCCCCGAAGGAACCCAAGCUGUAAGAGUGAAAGAGAAGAUGAGGGAAUUGAAGGAGCCAAGGUUGUGCAGCCAAAGCCUUACGUUGCAAGUAAAGUGGCUGCAGCUCAUGCUGGUCCUAGUAGUCAUUGGUAAUUGGUUCAAUGACAUAUUUGCAAUUGUUUCACAUGUUAUGACAUCAACUCCAUGGAGAUCUCGGCUAGUUUAUUUGUUAUUACAUUCAAUAAUGCUCAUGCAUUGUCAACUGUACAGACUUACUAUCGAGAGGUGAACUUUCAUUUAUUUUCACCAGUAUCAGACUGGGGAAUUGGGGAUUGAAAGGUUAUAAAGGUAGUCUGUCCAUGAUGGAAGCAUUUGGCCUGGCCGAGAAGGUUGUGAUAUUAGCUUACUGACCUGACUGUUGCUGUGGCUCAGUAGUUGUUAAAUUUCAGAGUUUCCAAGGCAGUCUCAGCACUAAACAAGAAGGUGGGCAAGAUUGGGUUGUAAAAAUAUUAUUCUUAAGCCUUUUUUUUCUCUCUUAUUUGUUGUAUUAUCUUACAUUCAUGAUGCUAGAAGCUGUUGUCACACUUAAGCUUGUUGAAGUUGGCUUGUUACUUCUUGUCA